UCUUUCCUGUGGGUGCUUGCAAUUGUCUGAUGAUUCUACUUUAAAUCCAAGGCAUUGUAAAAUUUAAGGUGAUCAACAUCAACCACAGGCCGCGUGGCCGGAUCCCCUUCCCGUAGUAAUCGGCGAGCCUGCUUUCCGAUUCCCUUCCUGUUGUAACUGGCUGCGGCUUUACCUAUGCGUACCUGCGAUUGUUUGAUUAUUUUUCAGAAAAAUAUGCAGGAGAAUAAGCAUGAGAAUAAUGUCGGAGGGAGUUUGGAAUUGAAGACCGACGACAGGAAGGACUACACUCCCCCAACUGAUCUCAGUAAAUACCUGCCGUUGUACAAAGCAGCAAAGAAAGGUGAUUGGCAGAAGGCUAAGGAUUUCAUUGAUAAGAUAGGCGCGGAUAUUGCAGUGACUGCACGGAUUACAAUCUCCAACGACACGGCCUUGCAUGUAGCUGCAGCUGAAGGACACUCCAAGUUUGUGGAGGAACUUGUGAAACUCAUGACCCCUCAACAACUUGUACUACAAAACUUUGAUGAUGAAACAGCACUUCAACUUGCCGCUGCAGCUGGAAGCAUCAGAUCUGUAAAAGCAAUGGUGGAAAAGAACCCAAAUUUGACAAACAUGCUUGAUAAGUACGGCUGCAUUCCUCUGCUAAAUGCUACAAAUUACGCCUCCCUGAAUGAUCGAAAGGAGGACAUAAUCAAGUAUCUCUACAAUGUUAUGAUAAAGAAUCCCGAUGCUCGGAAUCUUUUCUCUGGUGAUUUAGGGCGCCAGAUAAUAUGCAGUAUAAUUGGGGCAGGCUUCUUUGAUAUUGCCUACGAUAUGAUCCAGGAGUAUCCAGAUUUGGCUAUUGAACGAGACGUUAGGGAAAAGAGUCCCUGCGCAUUAGAAAUGAUGGCAGCAAGCGAUGCAUUUCUAAGUAGAAAUCAGCUGAAAUUUUGGGAUCGUUUCAUCUGCUCAUUGUAUUUUCCUUCUACUCCUGGCACCACAGCCAAUGGAGACAUGGAGAAUCCUCAAGAAGAGACUUCAAGCGUUCACAAUUCAACAAGAGUGUGCCAAUGGAUGGGAAAAGUUAUCUGGAAAGUUGCUAAACGAACAAUCCCAGGAAGCAAAGUACUCAAGAAAAAGGUGCUGCAUGAUAAAGCUGUAAAACUGAUGAAAUGCAUAAUCAAAAAUAUGGAAUCUUCAAUGAAACCCUUGGAGAUUAUAGAUUAUUUCAAAGCUACAAACAUCUUAGACACAGCGAUAGAUUUCGGAGCCGUGGAACUUGUAACAGAGUGUCUACAAACUUUUCCUGGUAUCAAUUGGGUUGAGAAUAGCGAGGGAAGAGGUAUAUUCUACCGUGCAAUUAAAGUACGGCAAGAAAAGAUUUUCAAUCUCUUAUAUCACAUUACUGGGUUUAAGAAGAAGUUUGCUGCCUUAGUGGACAAAUAUGAUAAUACGAUCUUGCAUAUGGCUGCAUGGCCACAAAUUCCCUCUCCAUUCGAAAGGCCAAUUUCUUGUAUUGCUUUGCGGGUGCAGCGAGAGCUUCAAUGGUUUAAGGUGGUAGAAGGUCUUGUGCCACCAGCACAUAAGAUACGAAGAAACGAUAAAGGAAGGACUGCUCAAGAUUUAUUUGAAGAAGAACACAGAGAUUUAUUUGCUCAAGGAGAGAAAUGGAUAAAGGACAUCGCUCAGUCAUGUGCCUUUGUAUCUGCACUAAUUGCUACAGUUGUUUUCGCAGCAACUUUUACAGCACCAGGUGGAUAUAAUACCGGAGGCAUUCCAAUAUUUUUGCACAAAGAUUCAUUCGUUGUAUUUGCAGUUGCAAGUGCCCUGGGUCUGUUCUCUUCGACCUCAUCACUUCUUAUGUUCUUAGCGCUCCUAACUUCGGAAUAUGAGCAUGAUGAUUUCCUUAAAGUCAUCCCGAAAAAAUUGAUGCUAGGACUUGGAACUCUCUUCGUCUCAGUGAUUGCAUUGAUGGUCGCUUUCUGUGCUACACUUUACAUAGUUCUUGGACCUAGAUAUACAUGGCUUCCAAUUCCUUUGUCUCUGGUUGCAUCCAUCCCCGUUAGCUUGUUUUUAUGGUCGUAUGUUCCGCUGUUUAUCAAUAUGGUUCAUUGUGCAUAUGGGCGGAGCAUCUUCCAUAGAUGAAAUCAGGCAUAUAAUCAUAAGUUUGUUCUCCUCUUUUACGUUUGUACUCCUUUUAUAAGGGAUUGUCCCGGACGUACUUGCUUGUGUUAUUUGGAAUCAACUCUGUGGUACCUAAAAAAAUUGCAAUGAAGUCGGGACUCUCUUGGA